GGUUGCAUUUUUACACUGACUGGGUGACGUAAUCAUGGUAAUUGAGAAUAAAAUCAGACACAGGACCAUUCAAUUGACUACACGUUAUUACCUGGAGCAGUAGCUCCGUGCUUUAUUACAUUGGUUGGGUAAUCACCAAGCACCAGCACCAAGAAACAUCACUCAGAUUUUUAUACCAAGUACAUGUCCCACGAAAAAAGUGAAAGAUGAAGACGAAGGUACAACGGACAAUAUUCGUAUUGCUAAUGAACAUUCUAAUUGUUCUUGGACAACAGGAGAUUGAAAUCGACGGUGGGAUGCCCAUAACAGGUAAGACACGCCCACCUCAGGACUGUCCAAUCAACAAUGAUCUUCAAUAUCGUCGCUGUCUCUCUCCUUGCCAACCAAGAACUUGUGGGGAUCUUCGCAGGGAGCCUCCCAACGGCCGCCCAUGUGUGCGCAUGUGCGUGAGUGGGUGGGCGUGUCCACCUGGCCAAUAUCUUCUUGAUGGUUAUGCGGAUGUGUGUCUGAAGAAAAAGGCGUGUAAAAAGCUAAAGAAGAAACGAGUCACUGACUGUACUUUUGAGGGAACUAUCAUACCGCUUGACACCAACUUUCUUAGAGGAUCUGACACAUGUCGAUGCUUCAUCGAUGGACAGGUUCGAUGCAGGAAUGCUUUCCCAGAAGAGAACAAUAACUGAAAGUCAAACAGGAUAAUACUGUAUAUGGCAUACAUAAAAUUCAUUUAUGAUAUUUUAAUACGAUAAAAGGCAAUUAUAUAUUGUCAUGAUAAUAUAUAUUUAUGAAUUCUAAUAUUUCCAUUUCUAAAACAAGAAUCAUGAACAUAAAAAUAUGUCACAUUGCAAUACAUAAUAUAUCAUAGUAAAGAAAGUAUAUUUCACAAGCUAUAGGGGGAAAUGGAGGGGGGGGGGCAAAAGAACAUUUGGGGGCAAAGGCGGACACAUUUUUUGCCUGUUUCACAAAAUCGACCGCAAAGCUCGAGAUAAAAUGUUUAAUUCAGGCCCUACUGACCUGAAAAAGGGACCUGUUCAUGAAUUUUUGCAGGGUGACGUGACAUUUUCUCCUGCGACAAUUGCUCCGGGCUUAUUUUCGUCUAAGGCAGGGGUUCUCAAACUACGGCCCGCGGGCCGGAUCCGGCCCACGGAGCUUCUCAAUCCGGCCCGCGAGACUCAGGGUUUUUUAAUCACUUUUAAAGGGAUGGUCCGGGCUGAAAGUAUUCUUAUCUCAAUACAUAGAGUAGAAUUCACUGAGCAAAAUGUCGAAAUUUUCAUCAAAAUCGGAUAACAAAUAAUAAAGUUAUUGAAGUUUAAAGUUUAGCAAUAUUUUGUGAAAACAGUCAUCAUGAAUAUUCAUUAGGUGGGCUGAUGAUGUCACAUCUCCACUUUCCGUUUUCUUAUGUUAUUACAUAAAAUCAUAUUUUUUUCAUUAUUUCAUACUUGUGUGAAUAAUAUGUCUCCCUUACAAUAAAAUAAGUUGCAGCAAUAAAUAUCUAAUGCACUAAA